UUAAAUAACAUUUCCAAUCCUCGAAACUAACCAAAUAUAAUCACCGUCCUUAAUUGUUGGUUGAUUCAGUUGAUUAUUUCACUUUCACCUAAGCUGUUUGAUUGUGAAGUUAAAAUUAAACUUAUUUAUAAAUAUCUAUUCAAUUAAUCAACUAAUCCAAUGUAAUCUAAUUGUAAUUGUGACAACGAGAAGGAAUUGAAAAAAAAAUUUUCAACAACAAUUUAGUAAACUUAUUUUCAUCACCAUGAAUAAGUUAACAGUUUUGUGUUUUAUCCUAUUGAUUUCAAUGGGCCAAUCGGCUCCUCAAACCGAGUGCACCAAAACUGAGGAUGAUUUUGAUAAUUGUGCCACUCAUGUAACGGUAUUUGGUAAUGAUGACAUGAUAAUACCAACAAGUGAUGAAGAGAUGGAUAAACAUUGCAAUAAAAGUUUCGAGGCGGUUCAAUGUAUUCGUGAUUACGUUUCUAAAUGUAUGUCCAAUUUUCCAAAGACCGUUUUUGGUGUUUUCCAAUACGAUUUCAAACGUGACAUGAAAAAACGAUGUCACAAUAAGGAAGGACGAGCAGAAUUCAUGAAACACAUGAAGUGCGGCAAAGAGAAAGGUGGAUUCAGCCAAUUGCACCAAUGUAUGCGAAAUUAUGACGCUCAAAUGGAAUGGAUUAUUCUAAAUGUUCCUAAAGAGAAUCGAGUUCUAACCGCUUGUUGUUCCCUCCAUUGGGUUCAUCACUGUUUCGUUGAGAGGUCAAAGGCCAUGUGCGAUGCGAUAACUGGACCGGAGACUUCGGGUUAUUUUGAUAAAAUGGUUGCAGCAACUAUUGCUGAAGGCGUUGAUUAUACUUGCGGUAAACACAAAUCAUAUGAAGAUUGUGCUGAACAUUUGGAUUCUGCAACUUGGAAGACUCUAAUUGAGAUUGGUGAGGAUCCAUCAAAGAUAAACUUUGUCCCAAGGCAUAAAUCACCGUUAACAACAGCAAUUAAAAUGUUUACCGAACUUGAUCAAGGAUCUUAAUCAGUAUGAUUAAGAAAAUCUCAUAUAAAAACUAAUCAAAUCAAAUAAAAUCAAAUCUACACACGCAAACAAAAUACACAUACAACUAACCCCAAAUAAACAAACAACCAACAGGAUUUAACAUUAAUCAACAUUGAUUGACUUCCUCUUAAUUGUAUUAACAAACUAAUAUACAAUAUAACAACAAUUAACAAACAUGUCAAUCAAUUUUACUGAUCAAGUUAAUCCUGUUAAUCAAAGAUACAACAACAAAAUAACAAAUCAACUCACACACCCAACGAGACACAAUAACAUUAAUUAAUAACCAUUUAAUUGAUAACAAUUAGGCAAUCAUUAAAUUAACAUGAUGUAAAUCAAUAUCUUAUUAUAAUAUAUAUUUAAUUGUACAAUUUAAUUUGGAACCUUAAAUAAUUAAUUUAAUCAAAUUUGACCGAUUGAGAGUAAAUAAAAGUUACUUUUAACAAAUACAA